CACAAGGGUAAGGUGAAAAUGGGCUUAUCCUCUUGCAGAAUUAGACCCAUUUCAGCUCCGAAAGAGAGGAAGAAACAGAGCUAUGAAACCAACAACAAUGGCGGCUCUGGGUUCACAAUUCCCCUUCACAAUGUAUAAGAACUCUGAGAAAAAGAGACCCAGAUCGUCAAUUCUCUGCUCUGUACAACCAUCUCAGAGCAAUAUCAAGGUCAUUAUAAAUGGAGCAGCAAAGGAAAUUGGAAGAGCUGCAGUUAUUGCAGUGACAAAGGCAAGAGGUAUGGAGGUUGCUGGUGCUGUUGAUUCACAUUCUGUCGGAGAGGACAUUGGAAAGGUGUGCGACAUGGAAGAACCUCUAGAAAUACCCAUAUUAAAUGAUCUCACCAUGGUUUUAGGUUCAAUAUCUCAGUUAAAGGAAACAGGAGUUGUUGUUGAUUUCACCGAACCGUCUAAAGUAUAUGAGAAUGUGAAGCAGGCAACUGCAUUUGGCAUGAGAAGUGUGGUUUAUGUUCCCAGAUUAAAAGUAGACACAGUGGCUGCAUUAUCCAACUUCUGUGAGAAAGCUAGCAUGGGUUGUCUUGUCGCCCCAACUCUGUCCAUUGGCUCUAUCCUUCUCCAACAAGCUGCAAUUUCAGCUUCCUUCCAUUACAGCAAUGUAGAGAUUGUGGAAUCCAGAGAGAAUCCACAGGAUCUCCCAUCUUCAGAUGCAGCCCAAAUAGCCAAGAACCUCUCAAAUUUGGGCCAAAUCUACAACAGAGAAGAUAUUUCAACAGAAGUGCCGGCAAGGGGACAAGUGAUUGGAGAAGAUGGAGUUCGAGUGCAUAGCCUUGUCCUUCCGGGGCUUCCUUCCAGCACCAAUGUCUACUUCUCACGCCCGGGAGAGGUUUACACUCUCAAACAUGAUAUCAUAAACGUGCAAAGCCUCAUGCCAGGCUUGUUAUUGGCAAUUAGAAAGGUGGUGCGCCUUAAGGUACCUCCCCAAUUUUCUUCAAUCAUCUUCUUCAUCCUGUAUUGCCAAAUGUUAAGCUGUUGCCUCUCUGUGCUACUCUGCCAGACUCUGGUGUAUGGCUUGGAGAAAUUUCUAUGAAGCUUCGAAGGCUCUCCCCUGGCAGCUCUCUCUGAAACUUCAUCUCCACUUUUCAUUGGACAGAGUGGCCAUCUCGACCUGAUAACAAAAACUAUGGAGAACUUAAAUUAUUUGGUUCUUAAAGAAGGGUUCCAGUCCCAUUCUUUGUAUUAUACCUGCAAAAUCAGGUAUCAGUACCAUGCCCACAUUUUGAGAGUACUAGCAAUAUAGCUAAAAUCUUUCGCGUUUUUUUAGCGGACGAGACACUACUCCCCCUAAUUGUAUCAUAUUGUCUACUUUUAAACAUAAACUCUGGAACAUGUUUUGGUAUUAUCACAGCCAUUACUUUAUUAUCACAACCCAAAA